AUGUCUGCGGAGGUGAUCGAAAUUGGUUCUGACCCUGGUUCAGAGUCUGACAAAACCCCAAUUCGAGACGAGUCCAAUAACUCGUUGAUAAUACUUGACGUAUCUCAAAACAAUUCCCCAGAUCAUCAUAAUAAUGAGGAGAGCAGAAACCCCUCCCCGAUUCUUCUCUCCGAUCCAGACGAUGAUAUACCAAUUGUCGAUUUAAUCGAUGUGGAUACGCCGAUGGAGUCGCCAUCGCCAGACUUGACGAUCACUGACGUCAUUCCUCAAGAAGAUCUGGUCCCUAGUUGUGUUGCGGAUGAGUUGGCGCUAGCAAUUAAGAAUAAGUCUAAGCCCAAAAAGAUAACAUCAGCAGAAGUAACAGGAUGGGCAGCACACCAGCAACUAAUCGACCUCGAAGACGGAGAGCUUCUCGAGUCAGAUGAAGAUCCGAACUCUCUGGAUCUCUUCGGGCAGAAAGGAAGUGAAGCCAGUAGGAAAGUUCACCUCUUGAACAGGCCCAAAAAUAAGCGAGGAAGAAAAAACAACAAGAAGAAAAACGCAAAGAAGGCGAAUCCAUUUACGUCUCCAGAUUGGUGCAGAUCGGUGACAGUUACGCCAAAAGAUAAUCCUCCCGUCCCUCGAACUCGUGGACAAGAUUAUUCCUCGCUCUUGGAAGAGUACAACGAAGUCAAUAAGAAAAUCGCCAAGAUCCAAGAAGAAACGUCGAAGGAUGAUAUUACAGCGCCUCAUAAUGAUCCCUCCUGCGAAAUCAUCGAUGUUUCGUCACCGCAACGAGAAGAAAGCGAAGAAGAAGACGAUGAUAAGAUGCUUCUUGAGCUUAGGAGACGCGCUCUCCACAGCGAAAAUAAAAGUCGUGCCUCUCGCCCCGUCAAAGUCUACUCAUACGAAUACGAGAAGAAAGAACGGAAAGACGGGAAUUCCAGAGAUCCAAGGGACUUUCCUUAUUGGAAGAAAAACUAUCAUCCCUCUCUGAAGAACUCUAAAAGUCCGCUCAUGCCUCGACGAGUACCGAGAAUCGGCAAAAAUCCGAAAAUAAAAAUAGUCGAACCCCUUUUCACGGCGAAAUAUCGAGAAAGAAUGAAACCCAAAAUUUGGCAUUUCAAAGAAAAUGAAGACAAGUGGAAAUCCAUUCAGCGUACUUGCUCGACAGAGAGUUCUAAUAGUUCAGCGGUUCAGUGGAUUCAAGCUUCGAGAGACGUGGCUAUUCAAGUUGGCCCGGGAGAAUUCGACGACAUUCAAAUCAUCCCGAUGGAAAUUGACUCCGGUGACGAUCCAGGUUAUAAAAGAACAGUGAGGCCGCCGGACAAUUCGAGUGCGAACGAAUCGAGGAGCGCGAAAAGACAGCCUUCAGAAUCAGAAGCCGAGCUACGAAAUCAACUCCUCAAGCAAGUCAUGGCAAGACGUGGGAUUAAAAUUCAUGCCAAUCCAAAUAAACUACCUCCAGAUACAAAUUUGAGCUCCUACGCCGAAGGCCGCCAUAGAUCCACUAGCUUCGAACACCCAAUCUACGUCGAUGUCGUUGCGCGCCCGCGCUCGGAAUCAGCUGAUCAAGCUGGAAUCAAUGGCUCCUUCACGAUUAUGGACGAGAUCUCUCCGACUUUAUCCGCUCCUCCAGCGACUGAAGUGCCUGAAUCAUCCGCAAUGACCGUGGAAAUAGAGCCAAGACCAACAACAGAUCAAAAUCGAGAGGCAGGGGAAAGUCCUGUUUUUGAAGUGCCGAUGACAACAACUAGAGACGAUGAGUAUCACACGGACCAAGCUGUGAUGGACAGAACUUUCAACUCACAAGACGCAACACAAGGCUCAACACUAGCUGAUUACACCAUGGAUUCUAGAGAUGGCGGAUUGCAAAAUGAAGAGACAAUGAACAGUUCAAUUCUUGAGACGAGUUUCACAGAACAAGCUCCUGUUCUUCCAGAUCUAAGCAUCAAUGAUUCUUUGCAGGCUAACGAUGUUCUUCCCUUACAUCCUCCUGUUGUGGUUGAUAAUUACUCAUCAUCAGAAGACAUAGAAUCGACAGAUGAUGAAGUCGAGAACGAGGAGCAAGCAAGACAGCAAAUUGAUAAGCUCAAGCAAUCGAUAAGACAUCAUCAUGCGAAAAUCGUGCGAGACAGACAGUCAAUCAAGAGCUUCAAAGAAUUGCGAUCAAAAAAGAUAGAAGAGAAGAAACAAGUCAAAGAAUCACUAGAAGUACUGAUGGUCAAAGUUGCGUCAUAUGAACGCUACUUGCGAGAAAAUACAGAAUAUCAGCGCUCGAUAAAGGAUAUUGUGAACAAUAUGGUGAUAGACAUUGAAACAGCGAAGACGGACAUUUUAGAGCGGCGAGUAGAAAUUAGCAAUUUGCAGGAGCAGUAUGGACUUGAUGAUGCUGACGCGGAUGAAAAUAGGAAGAUAAUUAUGCGGGCUAAGCUGAAUGAGCAAAAAGCUGAGCUGGAGCGUAAGCUAAAAAAACUCGCGGAUUCAACUCAAGAGAAGAUUGAUCAACAAAUUGUUCAACAACAAACACAGCUCAUCCACGGAGGCGAGGGAAACGGAGAACCCCUUCUCGCAACUAGAAGUAGCCCAGUACCACCCGACGAUGAUUACGAGUUCGAGCCAUUGCCAGAAAUGCCAGCGCGCGUCACAACCCCGCCAGAUCCAUAUUCACUCGUUACACGAAGCACUUUCGAAGAAAAAAUCAAAUCUCUUUGCACACACCGACAUAAAAUUGCACAUAUAAAACUCGUCGAAGAAAUAACAGAAAAUGACAAAAUGCCGAUUGCAACCGAACGGGAUAUUCUGCCGAAAACGUAUCUCGCAAAAGACAUGAAACCACUUGAGAACAAGGGCAAAUUCAAAUCGCCACUCCUUAAAUUUCGAUCGUAUCGAUUCUCGCCAUAUUUCCGCGAGAAUUUUUCAAUAGCCUCGGCUACUUAUACGCAUAAAGUAGACUGCAACGCGCCCAUCUGUGGUUAUAGCUUUUCUGGUAGAUGCAACGACGAUCGAUGCAUAGGACAGCACCGUCGUGACAUAACCAUGCAAGGCCAUGAAGUGUUUCUCGAUUUACUCGCGUACAACAGAGACAUUAUCAAGAUGGACGCAUUCACUGAUUACAGCGAUCAGUUGAAAGCUACUCAAGCGUAUUUGAACAGAAUGUUACCGUCGGAGCUUGAACUCAAUAUGGCUCAGAAAUGCGUGCUUUUGGUAGAAGAAAUCAACAAGGAGAGUAACGUAGACGAGCCUCAUAUCGUCUCUAAAUACGCAUCCUCUGGAUUCAAAUGCAAGCAAAACGUUCGAAAAAUGACGAAAGUAGCGCAGCAGCCAGAUUAUCCUGAGGACGAAAAUCAACCUGAAUACAUAGACGACGAACAUGCUACUCAACAAGAGCGAUAUUUCUACGACGAGCAAUUAGAGCGCUCUAUCAAAGAACUCGAAGCGACAGCAAAAGAUGACGCUAAAAAUGUUCCAGCGCUUGUUGAGCUUGUUCAGAAAUACAUGAGUUCGAAUAUUCUCAAUGGUCCGAAAUAUGCUCUAGCCGCGAUCUGCCACGGACUUGAAGCUAGUCCGGCGAAUUCAACUCUUUGGAGAAACUUUUUCGCGCUUCAUUCUGAAUUAAAUCUGCCAGAGAGCCUUCAGUUCGAGGAAGUAAUUGACUUUUGCGAGGACAACUGCUCCCUUGAUCGUGAUUUCUGGCAGUAUCGGAUCAAUAACUCCAAGCAAAAAGCGAAAACAAUUGAGCGUUAUAUAGCGAGAAUAUUAGGCAGCGGAGACGUGGAGUGUUAUUAUCUUGAGUUCGUCAAUGCUGCUGUUUAUCGAGCAUUUCUGUAUUCAAUGGAGCCAAAUUUAUCCGAAGCCGCUGACUUUUUAUCGGGUUUGCCUGAUAUCGUCGAUUUGCCAAGCUCAUUUGAAUGCUUUAUCUGGUGCGUAAUUAUUCAUCUGCGCGUGUUUAAUGCCUUCCCAAUGAAAGUCCUUCCAUUGGAGUAUUCCUGCGAUCUCUCAAUGGAGGUGCCCUUGACCUUUGAUUUUCCACAUGAGUCAUUCUCCAUUCACUCGCCAAAGCUUACUCCUUUCACUCACAACACGGACGCAAUAAAUAAGAGCGAUGUAUUCGAAGAGAUCUCCGAGGGCAUCCAGCGCGCCGUAUCAAACUGGGACGACAGUGAGCAAUCAGAAAAUCUAGUCACUUCCUUGCUUGAGAUUCUAGUGCUUCUUGAUGGAAGCCACGCCGCGUUUGCCCAUUCUAUUGCUAGGCAACUAUCAAAAUGCAAGCUAGUCUGGUUGCUUGUCGGAAGCUGUCCGGGAGUCGAGCCCAUGGGAAUUUUUAAUGAAGCUCUUUGUAAAUUAAGUAAUCAUCCGAAGAUGUCCUACUUGGUUGCGAGGAAAUUCAUUUUUGAUGUCGAGAAUGAGGAGCUCUGUGCAUUCGCCUUAUCGACAAUUGAAGACAUGAUCAUCCCUUUCUACGAAGUUGGUACAGAAACUUCCUUGACUGAAGGAUCUGUCAGUCUUCGCGCUCUUCUUCGAGGAGUCUUAGAGCGAUACUACCCGAAAUUCUUCAAGGAAGAAAUGUCAGAAACGCUUCCGAAAUUCACGCAGACUUCCCAGCUUAGUGAAGAAACCGUCCCUUGGAUUUGGCUUUCCUUCAUUCUCAUUGAACGUCUGUACGAUGAACAUGACGAGAGUGAUCUAAGUGAGGUCUUUGGAGUCGCACUACAAGUCGCGAAACAGGAUCAAGAGUUCAUCUCUUUGGAGGCUCUGAGCUGGUCAAUGCGCAGAAAGGACGCUCCAAAUUUGUUCGGAUUCGCGUUGAAGCACUUUUCCAACUGUCCAUUCCUCCCAGUAAACGUCCAAAUUCUUCCAACUAUUCUUGAGCGACUCCCGGACUCGUCAAAAAUGUCACUUUGCCGACAACUUUUGGAGAGCCCAAAUAUGAGCUUAGUCGAAACCGUCGCUUGGAUUCUUCUUGAGAAUGAAAACUUCACGGCCUUGGUUACCAUGCUUCAGCCAUUGAUUCAGUCAAAGGAGAUUUCUGCCACCGCAUUUGCUGCUUAUCUUAUGGCCGAGAAAAAGCUCAACAGUAGAUCUUGUGAUCAUUCAAUGAUCGAGUUUGUCACGCGAUUCCGUUACUCUAGAAUUGCUGUCGAACUCUCAGCACUCUACUGGAGAUCUCUGGACCAGCCAAUGAUAAGUAAUCCGCAACUGCAGUGGCUCCGCCAAUCUGUCGAGCGACAAGGGAUGAAGGGUAUCUUUUCGGGUUGA